AUGGCUAACAGCAAUCUACCUCAAAGAAUCAUCAAGGAAACUCAGCGUCUCCUUAACGAACCUGCGCCGGGAACAAGUGCGUCGCCUUCAGAAGAUAACAUGCGGUACUUUAAUGUCAUGAUUCUUGGUCCAACACAGUUUCCUUAUGAAGGAGGGAUUUUCAAGCUGGAAUUGUUUUUGCCUGAAGAAUACCUAAUGGCUGCCCCCAAGAGAAAUUCUCAGAGAAAUUUGGUGGACGAAUCUGCAAACAUCAAUAUCAGUUCCAGAGAAAUUCAAAAUUUCUCUGAAGAUAAAUUCGGAAGUCAGAGAAAUUUGAUUAAAAUACAUUAUAAAAACACAUAUGAUAAUGGGAAGGGUUGUUGCUGA